CUUCAAAGAUCCAGGCAGAGAGUCACAGGUCAAUGCUUUGGGCCUACAAUGAAUGCCUCCCAGCUGGUGCUUCUCGGAAAAAUCUCACAAUCGAUCACGUGACUUGCCACCAACGUCGCGCGAGAUGUGAUCGACGAGCUUGACCUUAAAGAUCACUCUCAUACAUCAUAAGCUGUAGCAGUAGUGGGAGGUAGCGACGACCGACUCAAACACCUAGCUAUCGGUGUGACCUCAUCCUGUGUCUGACAGUGACGGCUCAUAACACCUCUCCGAGAGAGCCGUCAACUGGUGGACACGCUGUAGACUCGCUGGCCGCUCGACUUCGACUGUGCCUUUCAUCCCCUUUGCGCCAUUCCCUGGCCGUCCACAUGCAACUUGGGAGGUACCAUGUCUCGACUCUUCAGCCAACUAUAGUUCAUUCUAUAGAUUUCUCAGAAGAUGGAGAGUUGUUCGCUAUAGCGUUCGAAGGAGGCUACGAAGUAUGGAGAGCUUGUCCAUUGGGUCUUGUAAGGCGUCGAAGUCUCAGCGGUACCCUUGCUCGGGCCAUCAUCGUCCCAAAAUCACCUCUGCUGGUCCUCCAAGGUGGCGGGACUUCGCCUCUUUAUCCGCCAAACAAAGCGGUCAUCUUUCAUGAUGGAGUCGGCCGCGCAAUUGCGGAGCUCGAGUUCAGCGAGAGGAUCCGCGGCAUCGCACUUCGAGAAGGUACCAUUUGCAUCGUCCUAUCUCGACGGACAAUGGGCUUCGAGUAUGGUAUCAAUGUCAGCAGUGCAAAGGGCAAAGAAGUGCAAUCUCAAAAACGAGGCUUUUGGAUUCGAAAGUUUGGCGAAUGGGAGACGGCUUCCAACGAGCAUGGUCUCAUUGCUUUGUCCACGUCAAAUGGGUCGUCGCUACUCGUACUGCCCGGUCGACAGUCAGGACACGUACAGCUGAUUCAUCUUUCUCAUGCCUCUUCAUCUCGUACAGCUCCAUUCCGAUCUCCCAUCAUCCUUGCUCAUACGCAUCCUUUAUCGACAUUGGCAUGCUCCCGGGAUGGAACGGAGAUCAUCACGACAUCGGAGCGGGGUACUUUGAUCCGAGUUUGGGAUAUUACUAGAGGGUCUCUUUCAAAAGAAUUGAGACGGGGAGUCGAUAGAGCGGAAAUGUGGGGUGUAGGGUUUGAGCCUCGACCGGCGGAAGGUUUAGGACGAGUGGUCGGGUGGAGCGAUAAAGGCACUGUACAUGUCUGGGCCACAGCACCGUCAGAAAUCAAAUCAAAUCCAUCUCUUGCUCAUAUCCUCUCUCGAAAUCUACCUCUACCAAAGUACUUUUCCUCUUCCGCCUCCAUAGCGCAAUUUCAUCUACCACGCAAAAACCCACACGCCUUCAGCUCCGUUAUGGGCGCUGCGGCCGAUGCGGCCGGUGUACCCAGCGCAAAGCUGUCGAGCACGAUGACAGGAGAAGAUGAAGAAUUGUCUGAAAGAUUUAUGGUCGGCUGGAUUAGAACACCCUUAGAUAUGGCCGAGCAAGGAUCCACUCCAGUCAUCAAGGCUGCUUCGACCCUGCGCGAUCAGCCUCCUCCGGGUCGAGGUCUCAGCGAAACGCGAUCCUGUACCCCAUUGUCCAUGGGUGGAAGAGAUGAACGAGCGAGUUUGGGAUCCGAUGGCACAUCCAGGACAGCGACGCCGACUUUUUCACGCCGGGCAUCUGAAUUUGUCAAACACGCUCGUGGCGCAUCCGAGACUCGCUUCAUGGAGAUUCGAGAAUCUGAUAUCCCGAGCAAAGGGGCUACAGUCCAUGACGCUGGUCUCGGCGGCUUUGAAAUGCAGCUUGUGGCUAUCACAUACAGUGGAGACUAUUAUCGCUUGCGGAUCCCUCAACCGGGUAGCGAUGAGGACCAGGUCGAAGGGGGAGGAGAUUCAAAGAAGAAAUGCGAGUUGGUAGAGUACAGGCGACUCAAAGUUGGCGGUGGAGGCUGGUGAGCAUAGGUCGGAGGACGGCGUGAAGCACUUGGCUGGAGCAUACAGUUCAUCCUCUGUGUUGUUGUUGUAUCUCUUGAAGUUGAUCU